UCCACUUGUAUAGCAGGAGCAAGUUGGAUGAUAGGGAAAGCAUGCAUUUUUAGUUCAGUGGGACUAAUUGAACUUCAUCACGUAGCCCAGGUUUCUCUAUUUGUAUGCGCUCUUAAAUAAAAUGAGACACUUCUCUUUAAAUAUUGGUGUCGGUAGAUUAUACAAUAACAAUCGAUUCUGAGUAUUGCAAUUGUGCUGGAUUUUGCUCUGUGGGUAAUUGGUAUUGGUAGUACCACAACCGAUUCUGAGUAUUGCAAUUGUGUUGGGUUUUGAAAUACCUUGCCUAUUGAAGGAACCAUAUUUUUUUAAGAAGAGAAGAGAAUGGCCAUCCUUCCCCUUCCAUCACUACGGCUACCUUUAUAUAGCAAUUCCAAUUCCAGUAAGCUCUGUUUUAUCCCUCCUCAUUACCAUUCCCACGUACUGAUAAAACCCAUCACAGCAAAGUUCGAAAAACAAAGGGCAGAAGAAAGUGUUAAAUCCAUAUCAGCUAUAUACAAGAAGCAGAAGCAGAGUCAGACAAUGGCAAUGAUAAUGAAUGAAGAGGGAUUUCCCAGGAAAAAACAGAAAAAGGUGGCUGUGUACUGGGAUUUGGAUAACAAGCCUCCAAAGGUGGCACCAUUUGAUGCAGCAGUUGCAGUGAGAGAGAUUGCUGGAAAGUUUGGAGAAAUUGUUGAUAUGGCAGCGUUUGCAAACAGGCAUGCAUUCACUCAUGUCCCUCAAUGGAUUGUAGAGCAGAGGCGUGAGAGAAAACAAAUGGACUUUAUGGAAAGCAAAAGCCUCAUCAAACCAGAGCAACCCUAUAUUUGCGGUGUCUGUGGAAGGAAAUGCAAAACCAAUGUUGAUUUGAAGAAACAUUUCAAGCAGCUUCAUGAGAGAGAAAGGCACAAGAAGUUGAGCAGGAUGAAUUCUCUCAAAGGGAAACGCAAGGCCAAAUUCAGGGAACAGUUCAGGGAAAAGGACGAAAAGUAUCAGAACGCAGCUCGGACUCUGGUAAUUCCUAAGGUUGGCUAUGGUCUGGCUUCUGAGCUCAGAAGGGCUGGUGUUUAUGUGAAAACAGUGGAAGACAAACCGCAGGCUGCAGAUGCAGCAUUGAAAGCUCAAAUUCAGCAUUCCAUGAGUAGAGGUAUUGAUUGCAUGUUUCUUAUAUCUGAUGAUUCUGAUUUCUCCGACAUGCUAGAUAAGGCCAGAAAAAAUAACACGAGAACUGUUGUCCUUGGAGAUAGCCGGGCCUUGAUAAGACAUGCUGAUUUGUGGCUCUCCUGGGAUCAGGUUACCUCUGGAAAUGCCGGGGAUGCAAUCCAUACCGUUUUGCAGAAGUGGUCUACCGAAGACGCCGUCCUUGAUGAAAUUCUUGACUUUCAGGACACAGGAAUGGACUAUGGGUACCAGUAUGAUUCCGACCAAAGUGAAAGUGACACUGAAUUGGAUCAGAUGGCUGAGAUGAUUGUCAAGGCUGAAGGUAGAUUGCCCCAGAUUGGUAGCUUUUUGGCGUUUUCAGAGGAGGAGCCUCUAUUGCAAGCGGAUGCUGAAACUGGAAGCUUGGAAAAGAUUUCGUAUGAUGCAGGUGAUUGGGACAGAUGAAGGGAGAGACAUGGAUAGGGGAGAAGAGUCUAACAUUUGGAAGUAGAAUAAGUUCCACAUGUAUUGAUAGCAUGGGAGGACGAGGAAUAAAUCAUAUUUUUCUUGGUCUGCAGUCCAGGUAUGAUGAAGGUGGGUAAUUUCAUUUGUAUUUCUUCCAUGUAAAACUAUCGAUUGCGUCUGUAACAAAUUACUUAUAAUUGAUUACAAAAUCGUUGCUCUUCAAACUCAAAGAUUAAUGAUAAACUGUUAAAAAGCUCCAGGAUCUAACAUAAUCACUCAUUUAAUAUGACUGACUGCAAAAGCAUUGCUCUUGAAAUUCAAAUAAAGAUAUUAAACUGUUAAGAAGUUUCUGGAAUCUAACAUAAUGCUGAGACUGUCUGAGCAAGUUCUUCCUGUGUCAGUCAGCUGAGAGAUAUGACGAAUAAUUCAAAUUCAAUUAUAUUAUCA